AGCGGCUGAAUCGGCCUUUUCCGCCCGCUCCCCCCUCCCCCCGGUGCCGCUCCGGCCGCUCCGCGCUCGCUCCGAGCUCCGGGCUCCUGCCACGCCAGCGCCGCUGCCGCCGCCUCCCUCCAGCCGCCAUCAUGAUCAUCUACCGGGACCUCAUCAGCCAUGAUGAGAUGUUCUCUGACAUUUACAAGAUCCGGGAGAUCGCGGACGGGCUGUGCCUCGAGGUGGAGGGGAAGAUGGUCAGUAGGACAGAGGGUGGCAUUGAUGACUCGCUCAUUGGUGGAAAUGCCUCUGCUGAAGGCCCCGAGGGUGAAGGUACCGAAAGCACAGUCGUCACCGGUGUUGAUAUUGUCAUGAACCAUCACUUGCAGGAAACUAGCUUCACAAAAGAAGCCUACAAAAAGUAUAUCAAAGAUUACAUGAAAUCAAUCAAAGGCAAACUUGAAGAACAGAGACCAGAAAGAGUAAAACCUUUUAUGACAGGGGCUGCAGAACAAGUCAAGCACAUCCUUGCUAAUUUCAAAAACUACCAGUUCUAUAUUGGUGAAAACAUGAAUCCAGAUGGUAUGGUUGCUCUCCUGGACUACCGUGAGGAUGGUGUGACCCCAUAUAUGAUUUUCUUUAAGGAUGGUUUAGAAAUGGAGAAAUGUUAACAAACUUGGCAAUUCCUUGGAUCUAUCACCUGUCAUCAUAACUGGCUGCUGCUUGUCAUCCACACGAUACCAGGACUUAGACAGAUGGACUGAUGCCAUCUUGAACUCAUUUAUUUUGACCUUGAUUUAUUUGGAGCGGAGGCAUUGUUUUUAAGAAAAACAUGUCAUGUAGGUUGUCUAAAAAUAAAAAUGCAUUUAAACUCAUUUGAGAGAAUGCCUCUUAGUUUAAUUAAACUAAAUUCAUCCUGUAGUAUUCCUGGAGAAGCUAGAGCCUGGUUGUAGAUAACUGCCAUGCAGCAUAAGACUGUCUUCAGAUGAAGUCUACAGUUAACUUACUUCUGGGACUGGAAUAUUAAAGACAAGAACCAAAAGUCUUAAUUCUGUGUUGAAGGGAGGAGACCAUGUUCAUAGCAGUGCCAGCAUUUGAAGUGGAUCUUUAUGCAUUUCGUCAUCUACAAACAGAAGUGGUUAACUUUGGAAGAGUUUUAACAAAAGAAUAAAGAGACUAUAUUACAGUUGGAA